UACAUAAAUGUUUGAUGCAUGGCUGAUGUAAUGAUAAUAAUUUUCAGCAUUUUUAAAGAUUUUCAUAACACAAGAAUGAACAAGAUGCUUUUGGUCAAACAACUUGCAGCACUCAUCUGAUGUAUCUGAUGUGAUAAACGAGCAGUCUGGAGAAAUGUCUGAACAAAGCUCCACCCACUCUGACACAACACAGACAAACAGGAAACACAACUUCUUGUUCCUUGUUCCUUGUAAGGAGACACACACACUCACAGAGAGCUAGAGAGACAGACAAUAAGAUUUACCCUGUCACCAAAACUACCACAUCCACUGAAAGAGGACAGCUGCAGGAGGAAACACUGGGAAUACAGGAACACUAGAAUCCUGUAAUACUGGAAUACUUGACCUACUUCAACCUGUUGCAGACUCAACGUCAUAAAGUGGAUGAGCCACAGCUCAAAGUGAAAGUAACUUUCAGGGAAGUUUCUAGACUGACUUCACUGCCUGUUUGCUGUACUUCUGGUUUCAUUUAGAGACAAAAUGUCUUCCAGAUCAGACGAGGAUUUCUCCUGUCCUAUCUGCCAGGACAUCUUUAAAGAUCCAGUUGUCCUGUCCUGCAGCCACAGUUUCUGUAAAGCCUGUCUGCAGAAAUGGUGGAAGGGGAAACAAGUACGUGAAUGUCCGUGUUGCAAGAGAAGAUCAUCAAAGACUGAUCCACCUCGUAAUUUGGCUUUAAAGAACCUGUGUGAAACCUUCCAGCUGAACAGAGAUCAGAGAGCUUCAGCAGGGUCUGAGCCUUUCUGCAGUCUGCACUCUGAGAAACUCAGACUCUUCUGUCUAGAUGAUCAGGAGGCAGUGUGUCUUGUCUGCAGAGAUUCAAAGAAACACACUAAACACACAUUCAGACCCAUCGAUGAAGCUGCACAAGAUCAGAGAGAGGAGCUUCAGAAAUCCCUGAAGCCUUUACAAGAGAAACUGAAGCUGUUUGAACAAGUUAAAGGAAACUGUGAUCAAACAGCAGAACACAUUAAGGUCCAGGUCCAACACACAGAGAGGCAGAUUAAGGAGCAGUUUAAGAAGCUUCACCAGUUUCUACAAGAGGAAGAGGAGGCCAGGAUCACUGCUCUGAGGGAGGAAGAGGAGCUGAAGAGUCAGAUGAUGAAGGAGAAGAUUGAGGCUCUGAGCAGAGAGAUAGCAGCUCUUUCACACACAAUCAGAGCCACAGAGGAGGAGCUGAGAGCUGAAGACGUCUCAUUCCUGCUCAACUACAAGGCUGCAGUGAAAAGAGUCCAGCAGCGCCCCCUGCUGGAGGAUCCACAGCUGGUCUCAGGAGCUCUGAUAGACGUGGUCAAACACCUGGGCAACCUGACCUUCAAUGUCUGGAACAAAAUGAAGGCGAUGGUCUCCUAUACUCCUGUAAUUCUGGAUCCAAACACAGCUGACCCAGAACUUAUUGUGUCUGAAGAUCUGACCAGUGUGAGGUCCGGAGAGCGAAAACAGCUUCCAAAAAACCCGGAGAGGGCGAAGUUCUCCUGCUCAGUCCUUGGCUCUGAAGGGUUUAACUCAGGGACUCACAGGUGGGAUGUUGAAGUUGGAUUAAACAAGGACUGGGAACUGGGCAUGUUGGGAGAGUACGUCCAGACGAACGGACGCCUACAGUCUGGAUUGUGGAGAAUUUUGUUCUCCAACGGGAAACUGACAGCGUUCUCCACAUCAGGCUCAGAGAAAGAUCUGCCACUGAAGAAGCAGCUACAGAGGAUCAGAGUUCAUCUGGACUUUGACAGAGGAAAGCUGUCGUUCUCUGAUUUUGAUACUAACACACUCAUACACACCUUUACUCACACUUUCAGUGACACCCUGUUUCCAUAUAUUUACACUGAGAAUCGCCUCCCACUGAAGAUUAUACCAGUGAAGGUCUGUGUGAUGGUGCAAAAGCCCAAAUAGAGAUUAUUAUAAUAGGGCUGUGCAACAUGACAAAAUUUACUGACAGAUUAAUUAGUCAAAUUCCGAUACUAAUACCACAAUGCAUGAUGCUGAUGAACACGAUGAGGCUGAUAGAAGUCUUAUCAAGUUUAAGGUGGUGGGGUGGAUGAUGAUUAAAUUGAUGAUAAUGCUGACUUAAAACACAAUGGUUCUUAUAUGUAGAGUAGUGAUGACUGGGAUGGGGUCUGAUAGCACUUCACUGAAUCUGAUCCAAACCCUUAUUGUUUCUAUUGUUUGGUGGGGAAUGUAGACACUCGUUUUACUGUAUUUUAUCACUUCAUUAACCUCGUCCUGACUCAUCUUUCCUUCCUUUCUUUCCUGUGCUGCAGCUGCAAAAGCCAUAGGCUGAAGCCGAGCACAUUUUGCAGAUGUUUCCUUGUCUUUGGAGUAUUUAAGCCAUCUGCCAUGUUUAUACAUGAUUGUUUGAGGUAUCACAGGUUUGUUUGCGUCACCAAUCUUUUUGUUUCUUUACCAAUGCCUGUAAAUCCAGAGAGGGGAAAAAGAGACUAAAUAAACAGAGAAGGUGAAUGAAAGAUUCAAGAAGGGUUUUAUUGGCUACAGAGCUUAAUAAAUCAGGGUACUUUACCAACUUGGAAGAAGACCCAAAAUGAAACAAGUUAUCGGAACCAAUCGCUAGUGAUGAUGGUGACCAAUCUGUGAUGAUGCUUUUACUGAUACUGUGACACUAUAUCUUUACUUUAUUGUUAUGUGAUGUAAAUUAUUUUAAAACUUAAUGUUGCGGCAGGAUAAAACACUGUGAGAGAUAAGCUGAGUAUGAAAAGUAGGUUUUAGUUGAUAGCUAUUUAAUUUGUGUUAUGCUAUGUUAACAGUAUCAAUGUCAACAAAACUGAUCUGAUCUUACAGAAAAAAGAUGAUUUUCUGUAGCAGAAACUAAAUCUAUAACUUGUGAUUUUUUAUUCUAAUUGUGGAACCAAUAAAAAUUAAGUUAAAACAA